UCAGGGUGGUGAGUGAAUCCACUGACAAAAGACCGAUUUAGGCUCACUUAACACAAGACAUUUCCCAGUACCAGUGUAAAUUCUAAGAACGAGGAAGAUGUCAGAUCAAUCAAGCGAAAUUAUUCAGAUGCCAGCCCUUGGACGCCCCUUCCAGUUAGGCAUGCUCUAUGAUAUAAGGACUGACUCAAUUGUCCCAGGAAUUAAUCUGCCAUGCUGUAAUGUAAUGCAGAAAAACACUGAAAUCACACCUCAUCCUAGCACAAAGUUUUGUUUCCUUAAACAUAAUUCAAUAGAGGAAAAAAUGUCAGCACUUGAUAUAGAUACUCCACUGAAAGCAAGCUGGUUAUCAGGCAUGCUGAAGGUACAUGGAUCAGCAAAGUUUCUAAAUGACAGAAAUACUUCCCAAAGCCAAGUCCGUGCAACAUUGCAGUACAAAACAACUACAAGGUUUGAACAGCUGAAAAUGAAUAUGCAGCAUUCAGAUGACAGUCAUCUACCAGUACAUUCAGCAACACAUCUGGUCACAGCCAUAAUGUAUGGUGCCCAAACAUUCUUUGUGUUUGAUAAAUACACCCGAUCCAUGGAACAGAAGGAAUGUUUUCUAAAAGACUUACAGAAAGCAUUUGAAAAUCUGAUGUCCACUGGAAAGGAAAGUGGUUGCCAGCCUUCAAAUGAGUCUGUAAAUACUGACUCACUUCAUGGUUUUAACUGCACAGUAUAUAGUGAUAUUUUACUGAAAGAAGAGAUCAUUUGUCAGGAAGCUGCAACAAUAUUUCCAUUACUUCCCAAACUGCUCUUCAGCAAAGAAAAUUAUGAAGUGCCUAUGGUAGUGUGGCUAUAUCCAUUAAGAAAUCUUGGCCAUUUGGAGGUUCAACGGACCACCCAGAUCAGUAUUAAAUCAGUCCAUUGUAUUCAGGCCCUUUUUGAAGAUUUAAACAGAAUUGAAAUGCGCUGCAAUGACAUGAUGGAAAAUAAUAUUGUUGUUAUGUUUCCAGAGAUCAAACAUCGGCUCUGUGUAUUUAAUGAAGGCCUUAGAGAAUACAAAUUGCUCUUUCAAAAUGUUUUAAAGACAGCAGUGUUGUCAGCCCCUCAGUAUGGCUCCAGUGAACAGACUUUUGAUAUUUACCUAGAAAGUAACAGACAGUCUCUGUUCAGCAACUCACUCUUAAAUGCUUGGCUUGAUUAUCAGGAGAGGGAAACUGCUGUUUUGGCUUUCUUUGUUUCUAUGCUGCAUGCUAAAAAAAUCGUAACAUCUGAAAAGGAUCUGCAGAAAGAAGUUUGGCAAAUGCUUACCUGUACAGAACAUGUCAUUUGUUUUGUAUUAACUUCUGUGAGUGAAGAAAACGCAUACCUGUCUGAUCUCUCCCGCUGUCUUAGGCAUGGCAGUGACAGCCUUUCAUUUUUAAGAACACAGCCAAAAAAUGAUCAAUGGUUUCUUUCUCAACAAUUGGUUGAAGAAAUGAAAGCAAAGUGUUGUGCAUUUAUGAACUUUGAAAGAGAUAAUAUUAGCAUGUAUAAAGCUACAUUUAUUGCUGCAUCUGUAAACAAUAAACGUCACAAGGGUGCUACAAUAUACUGGUAUGAGGGUGGAUUUUUGAAGACUGAAGAUUUUCAGCCACCAACAAAACCAGAGACGCCAUCUGUACACAAAGUAACACACAACAGUGUGACACUCAAGAUGCAGCCACCACUAUGUGGAAAUAAAAAUGUUGACAUUCAUUACAUGUAUUAUUUCAACUCUAAGCAGAAUAGAUGUGUAAAUGGAAAUAUAGAGGAACAAUUAUGUACUGUAUCGGGAUUAGAUUCAGGCAUAGCCUAUACCUUUUGGUAUAGAACGACACACCCUGGAUUUAGUCCAAUGAGUGAUACAACAUGCAUAAGAACUCUUGUAGCCAACCGCAUGAACUUUCAGUUACUGAGGUGUGUUCCAAUUCUUUGAUCAUUGCAUGGAACCGUCCAAAUUCAGUGGCAUCUGCAUCUCAAAUUACAAAUUACAAUGUUGAAUACAGGGAACAUAUGGCAUCACCCAAAGAACAUAAUCUGGAAAUGAAAUGGAAUGUAAAAAAAAUUGCAGGUAAUGAAUGCAGAUGUGAACUGGAGAACUUAAAACCAUCGACACUCUAUGCAGUCCAGGUGUCUGCCUGCUGUGGAGAAAUAUCUGGUGAGACUAGUGAAGAAAUAACUGUAGCAACGCUAGAAAGCUGCAAUAUACAAGAAAACUUACAAGAAUUGCAGUUGCCGGACUAAAAUAUCCUUUAUAAUGCUGAGUGUGUGGAAGCGCUUUCUCUUUCCUGAUAUGAUCAGACGUCCACUGUGUACUUGAAAUCUUCAAGUGAUUUUCUAUCUUCAGCAGAUUCAGAUUAAUCAAUUAAAGCAAAAUAAUGAUCUUUUCUUGUAUUCUACUUAGAAAUUGCAUAGAAGAAUGCAUGCACUACACUGAAUGCUUGUACAUCAUCGCAUCAUGUGUGUACAUCUCUUUAUGUAAUGCAUGGCUAGACUGACACACAUAUGAAUAUUAUUAAAUGUUUAUGAGUGAUAUGUAUCUUUAAAAAUAUUAUAGAAGCUUUGGUAAGUACUUGUGAGUGUAGCUACUUUAAUACCUAUGUUAGCUCAUAGACUGUUUCAUUAGUUUUUAAAAUAUGCUUUUAUAUCAGUACCAUUACUUUACAUACUUUAUAUUAUGAUCUGUAAAUCUAUUAUAUGCUUUUCCAUAUAUUUUGUUUUUUCUUAAGAAAAUAUCUGCAUUUUAUCAUUUUUCUUUGUGCUGGUCAUGGUUGUAUAGGGCUCCAUGCACUGCCUUAGUUAAACUGUUAAUGAAUAAGUAAAUAAUUGACUAAGUGACUAGCUAACUAAUUGAAGGGAGUGCAGGUAAAAAAGAUUUAAAUAGUAGUUUAUCUUAUCUUGUCUACUAAAACUGAGGAACACUUCUCUUGAACUUGUAGAUUAAUCUGUUUGUCUUUAAGCUAAAAAUCAAGAGAAGAAAACUUGUAUAAACCUAGCCAAACUUCAGCAAUCAACAUUUGUUUAAAUGUAAUUUUCUUACAUGGCUGAGUAAGCAGCCUUAGUUUUUGUGGGAGUUUACUACCUGCAUCUAUUAUUGCAUUUGUGGCUCCAUUCAGUUUUACAUUUUUAUACACUUUGGCAUAUUCAGAAAUAUCUUUCUACAUAAACUGCCAAGACAUGAUAAUGUCUGUCCUACUAAGCAUUUAACUGCUAUGUAUUUCUUAAUAUUGUACCGCUUUAGUAUCUAAGGAAAAUAAAAUAUGAUUUAAAAAUAUUAGUGGUCAAGAAGGUACCUGUCAUAGUGUUUUUCUAUACAUUCUAGCAUAAAGACAACAUAUCUGUCAUGGUACAUCUCUGUACA